CAGGAUCCAAUUGAUGUGGCUUACUGUUCUUUGACAUGGCCCGUCUCCCUAUAACAUUGUGCUUGGGAAGCUUAAAAUUAUCUCUGAAGAGGAUCACUCCAGUGAAAGCAAGAUAGUAACAACCCCCAAGGAGCCUCUCCUAAAUAGAGUUCAUAUAUCUUGUAUUAGUAUGAGGUUAGUGAUUUUGGUUAUCUUUCACUCCCCUAACAUCUUGGUCCGAAAAUUGUCCGCAGAACAUCCUGUUCUUCCUGUAACUGCCCAUUUUGCUAACCAUCUUCUAGGUUCUCCCCCACCCUUUCUAUUCUCUCCCCAUUCCGUCUUGUUCAUAACCAAGCUCCGCCCACAUUCCAAAGGGAAAUCUCCUGACAGUUGCUAUAGACAGAAUCCUUCUCCUCUAACAUGCAGCUUUCUUCCUAUCUUGCCUUGCACCCACAAGGAGCUUCCCUAUUAAGAAAGACAAGCAAGAGUGGAGUGGUCUAGUGAAUUAUUUCACUGAUCAAGGAAAAUGACUAGCAAUCUUGCCUGGCUACUGGUGCUGAUCUCAUGGAACGUGUUAUGCGAGAAUGAAGGUCAGAAACCACCACAGGGUUUUAGAUAUGCUUCUUAUGAAGUGAUCGUCCCAAGGAAACUGACUCCCCGAUAUGGAGAACGAGAAACUCAUGAUGUCACAUACAUGCUGCAGAUUGAGGGGAAGGGUUAUGUGGUGACGCUCAGGAAAAAGAAGAGCUUUGUCCCUAAACACUUCAAUGUCAUCACAUACAGUAAGGAGGGAGACCUCCAGGUGGACUAUCCUUUCAUCAAAGAUGACUGCUUCUACCAUGGCUUUGUACAAGACCAGCCUUCCUCUAGGGUCACCCUCAGCACUUGCUCGGGGGGCCUCAGGGGUCUGCUUCACUUAGAAAAUUACACCUUUGAAAUUGAACCUGUUCAGGUACCUGGUACUUCUCAACAUGUGGUGUACAGAUUGGAGGGAAUUGAAGGUGCUGUUCGCAUGAGGUGUGGGCUAACAAAGGAAAAGCAAAGGCGCCAAGAGGCCAUGUUCCAAAACAAAAGGAAAGUAUUUACUAAAAGUGCUGCUAGAGGAGUCUGGUGGUCACACACCAGGUACCUAGAGGUUGCAAUCGUGAUAGAACAUGAACGAUAUGUUAGGUUUGACAGAAAUGAAAGUCGGGUUGCUAGGCAAGUUAUGGAUAUCAUCCAUACUGCAAACUCACUAUAUGAGCCACUGUCUCUUGAGCUGUCUAUAGCUGGCUUGGAGAUAUGGACAGAAAGAAACCUCAUAGAAAUUGUUAACAGCAUAGAUGACACUCUUACUAUGUUCACCCACUUUGUAAGAAAUUCACUAAGUAAACGUAUACAACUUGACGCUGCUCACUUAUUUAUAUAUAAGAGUUAUGGAAGUACACUUGGAUUAGCGUACAUAAAAACAGUUUGUAAUACCCACUGGGCAUCUGGUGUUGAAUCAUAUAUGACUCCCAGUUUGUUCCUUAUUUCUCACACAUUUUCCCAUGAAUUAGGACACAAUCUUGGAAUGAAACAUGAUGAAAAAUACUGUACUUGUAAUCGAACUGCUUGCAUAAUGGCUGAAUAUCAAACAACCUCUGAUAUAUUUAGCAACUGUAGUUAUAAAGAAUAUUUCAACAUAAGAAACAGGCAGUGUUUGCUAAUUCCACCAGACUCCAAUAAAAUAUAUAAACUUUCAUACUGUGGAAACAAAGUAGUGGAAGAUAAAGAGGAAUGUGACUGUGGUUCACCUGAUCAAUGCAAGUUGGAUCCAUGUUGCCAGUCUAAUUGCAUGUUGAGUCCAGGUGCCACUUGUGCUUUUGGACAGUGCUGUGUUAAUUGUCAGUAUCUUCCAGUUCAUAAGGUUUGCAGAGAACAGGUCAGCAGUUGUGAUCUCCCUGAGUACUGCAACGGAACUUCAGAAUGGUGUCCUGAAGAUGUUUAUGUACAAGAUGGCACCCCGUGUAGUAAUGGUGUAUACUGUUAUCAUGGGAAUUGCACAACUCACAAUAGGCAGUGUAAAACGAUCUUUGGCAACAAAGCAAUCAGUGCAUCAAAGGAUUGCUUCAGUGAAAUGAAUGCUCGAGGUGAUCGCUUUGGCAACUGUGGGCUUAGAGAUGACACUUAUAAGAAAUGUGAUACUCAGAACAUCUUGUGCGGCCGAAUCCAGUGUGAAAAUGUUGAUACAGUACCUUCUUUGGAGGAACACAGCACCAUAAUUAAUACGCCCCUUGGCAAUAGGAAAUGCUGGAGUACAGAUUACCACGCUGGACUGAAGAUACGUGAUAUUGGAGCAGUGAGAGAUGGGACUCCUUGUGGCACAGAAAUGAUGUGUAUUAAUGGGGAGUGCAAGAGUGUGUCCCUCUUGAAAUAUGAUUGCAAUGUCACAAAGUGUCAUAAUCGAGGAAAAUGCAACUCUCUCAAACAUUGUCAUUGUGAUUAUGGCUGGGCCCCUCCAGACUGUCUAAACGAAGGUAAUGGUGGCAGCAUUGACAGUGGACCUCCUCCACCAGGGAAGACUUCACAGCGUACUGUCAACUUGACAGGAAUUAUAGCAGCAAUUGUAUUUCUUGUUUCUACUGUUCUUGCUGUUCUUGGGCUGGGUAUUUAUUUCAGGAAGCGUCUAAGAGAGCGGUUUGUAAAAAAACCAGAAAAAAUAUAUGAAGAAGAUAGAAAAGAGGAAGAAAAUCCUGUCCCAACUGAAUGAGAGAAUUGAACAAUACACUGAAUGUGUCAAAUAGAUGUGCAGGAAACAAUGGACAGUAUUAUGCAGAGAUAAAAAGGCAACAAAAUACUUUAACAGCUGAGCAUCACAACGUUAUGUAAUCUUAGUGAUUCCAUGCCUUCAUAUCAAUGCAACUGAAGAAUGGAUACAGAGAACUGUGGAAACAAAAACAAUGUUAAGAUGACAAAAUGUUUAUUUGUUUAUUUAAUUUAUUCUUCACACUUUAAAGAAAGUAAUCCAAAGUGAUUUAUAAUAUAGAAACAAACACAUACUGUACAUUGAAACCAGCAGAAAAUAAAAUAAAAACCAAAGAUACAUCUAAAAUAAAACCCCAUUUUUAAAAGGUAGGAUUAAAACAUUCCACCCACUGGAGACCACAGAUAACUAAAAACAAAGGUCUAGCAAAAGAGGGGGAAGUUUUUGCUUAGUGCCUAAAGCUAUUUCUUUAUAAUGCCAGGUGAGCCUCCUCAGGAGGAGCAU